AUGAGACCGGCGACCCGUGAGCUGCCAAUCCAAUAUUGUCAGUUACCAAACGUACACACGGCACCUGCUCAAGUCGAUCGCCUACCCGACUGUCAGACCACCGAUAUCGCCGUCGACUACAGUGCUCUUUUCGUUAAACUCUUUUAUCCGCGAGACUUCGACGCCGUUUCCACCGGUGACCGUGUUACGACCGUCUGCAAUAUUAUUGCAACGACAAAUUCACAGGUACUAGAUUUUUGGAGUAUUCACAUUAAACACCUGCCUACUCGCCCUUCAACGGUGUCUCCGCGCAGGAAUUCACUUGGCUCGACGUCUAACUGGGCGCACCCCGAACGGCGUGAUUAUCCAAUAUAUGUACGUUUUACAAAGAUGACUAAUCCGUGUCCGUCGUCCACCUACAUAUUUAAAAGAACUUAUUCAUUAGCUCAUAUAACCACCCACAGAUAAAAAUGCACAAGAAAAAUAUCAAAAAUCUGGACUUAUUUGGGCUACUAUGCCUUAUGGUAUGUCUUUGCAUAAGCGAAUCAAAGGCUCAAUGCCCAUGGCAAACGGAUCCAUCAUCUGCAGAACUUCAGUCCUCAUGUAUAUGUUCAACGAACAUGGCACAAGAAUUAUCUGUGCAGUGUGAUCUUGUAAAUUAUGAAGUAUUGAUGCAAACACUGGAUAAAUAUUCGCAGGGAACACUGGACUUGCUUUAUAUAAAUAAUAGCUCAGUUAAAACUAUUGACGAUUCUAGUUUCGCCAAUCUUAAAAUUCACAACUUACAAUUAUCAGGCUGUCAAAUACAAACAAUAUCACCAACAGCAUUUAAAGGACUAGAACUUUAUUUAAGACACUUAAGUCUACAAGACAAUAAAAUAGAAGAAAUACCUAAUUUAGAAGGACUCAUUAACUUAACAUUAUUGGACCUUUCAAGAAAUCGAAUUUCAAGAGUUCCAGAUGAUGUGUUUGCUUCAUUAAAAAAUUUACAAACAAUAAAAUUAGCAGAUAACAACCUCACGUUAUCUAAAAAUGCAUUUAGAGGUCUUGAAAACAGUUUAAAGAAUUUAAAUCUUAAAGGAACAAAUCAGAAAUCUUUACCCGAGUGUAUAAGAAGCUUAAAAAAUUUGGCAUUUUUAGAUUUAGCACAAAAUAUUUUGAGUGAGCUACCAGGAACUUCUGCACAUAUUUUUCAAGGUUUAGGAGCUUUAACAGCCCUCAACUUAGAAAGAAACGUAAUUCAGUCUUUGGGAGAAUUUACGUUUGAUGGUGUCAAAAAUACACUAAGUUCACUAAGUUUGCUUAAUAAUUUACUCACCGAUUAUCCAACUGCAGCUAUUAGUAAGCUACCAGAAUUGAGAGUAUUAGAUCUUGGCUUUAACCUCAUUAAAGAAAUACCAAAUGAUGCGUUCCUAGCAAAUCCUUCUUUAACCUUACUGGCAUUGGAUGGAAAUCCUAUCGAAACUAUUCCUAAAAAAGCAUUUACGCAUCUAAAUACUACAUUGCGUGGAUUAAGCUUAGGAGGACGAUACUUACAAUGCGAUUGCCGGAUCCGAUGGGUAAUAGAAUGGAUUAAAAAUGGUGAUUUACAAGUGACUAGCAGAGAAAGAAAUCCACAGUUUUGUGCUAGUCCAUCAUUUCUUAAAAAUAAACAUUUCUAUAAAAUCGAUCCUUCAGAAAUGGUAUGCGAUAACGACCAAAGCCCUUCUGAUGCAUCGACAGUGUUAGACACAAUUAUAGAAGAAGAUGAUGAGGAUUCCCAACAUCCGAUUGGAACUGGUGUUGGUUAUGCUAGUCCUACAAUUGUUUCACCCGAUAUAUUUCCGACAUCGAAAAAUAAGUUUAAAAAGAAUCCUCCGAUAGCAGAAGUAGAAGUUGUGAAAAACACUAAUACUUCUGAAUUACUUGGAAUCAUGGAAACUACAAAAACUAUCCCUUCGACUACGGAAAGUACAACGGUUGCCGUUGAUACAACAACAAAGUAUUUUGCACAAAACUCUACAAAUACUAAACCAACGAACACAAGUCGUAAGGCCAAUUUAGUUAUAACACGACCACAGACAGUACAGACGUCUCAGAAACCACCACUUAUACUAGGUACUUACCCUAAAAAACAAGUUCAAGAAGUCAUCAUACGGAGUGUUCAUAGGCAAGAUAAUUCCGUUAUAAUUCAAUGGGAUUCCGAAACCGCAAAUAUCUUGGGAUUCCGAGUUGUAUAUAGGCUUUUUGGAGACCGUACUUUUAAACAGGGGCCACCGCUCGAAACCAGUGAACGAGAAUUUAAAAUUAAAAAUGUACCAUACCAGGAAUGUAUUAUCGUGUGCGUUAUAUCUCUGGAAGAAAUAACCAUCACGCCGGAUACGGUCCCGUACAGCCAGUGCCGAGAAAUACGGACAGCGGUUACAAUGACGAGUAACAUGGACCGAAUAACGAUAGCAGCGAGCGCAGCCAUAUGCGGCACAGUAUUGAUCGCCGUCGUCGUGUUCAUUGCGGCUAGUAAACGUCGCGCUAAAAAGCUGCAAACGUUGCACCACUCGGUAGCAUCCUGUCAUCCAAACAAAAGCGGCAUCCCGGUCGGCACCUUGCCGGCGAACUGUUACGCUGGACCAAACGCAGCCCAAAUGUCCUCGUUGGCCGCCCUAAAUGCGUUUAACAGUCACAAAGAUUGGGACCAGGGUUCAGUAUAUAGCAAUCGGAGUCUUAAUCCAUCCCGAAUGUAUCGAGUGGCCGAUAGCAGACAAGGACUCAACGAAGAUUUACACUCUAACGUUUCAAACUUCAGCGCGAAACCGCCGAAAAUGCGUUCAGUUGCUGACGGCCAGUCGCAAAACAGUUUCUCAAACAACUCCAUGAGGUAUUUGGGCGGAACCAAUGCAUACGCGUCCGAUCUGGUGAAUUCCAGACCCGAAUUGAGACAGUCGCGGCAGUCGUUGGCCGUCUCCGAAAGGAUGUCACACAUUAGUUAUCCAGGCAGUGGCCGCACGAACACGUCGCGUAAUAAGCCCAGACAACGUUCGAGAACCAGAGAGGGUACGCAAAACAGACCGCCCAGUAGGUACAGUCACACCGGUUCCCAUCACACGCUCAACAAUUAUUGCGGUGGAGACACAUCGGAUAACUGGACCGAUCACGACAUGGACAUAUACAUGACCAGAAAUCCGACAGCCAGAAACGGUCUUGUGCCACUAUAAAACGUUGUUGUAACAUUAUAUUAUUAUUAGCCAUUAGAUGUACGAUAUGCGCAUAAUACACACUAGGUAUAUACAAAUUAUAAUAUACGUACACAGUAUAUAUAUACAUAAUAUAAUAAGCACUUGGAGCUCAAUUGGAAUUAAUUUAUUUGUAGCAUUUAUUUUAUGCAACUAUGACAUUUCAGUAUAUUAUAUUAUAAUAUGAUUUUAUUACUAUUACAUGUCUGUUAAAGGACAUAGAAAGGAAAGGAAUUAGACUAAAGACUACAAAAGUCAUUUACAAAAUUGCGAUAGGUUCCAUAAUUAUUUUCUUCGGCAUAUUAAUUAUAUGACUUUUUUACUUAUAUUAGAUACAUUUGUCAUUUAACACUGUUCAUUUUUAAUAUUAUCUUAGUUCUUAAGUCCAAAUAAUAUGUAUA